ACUUUUAAUAAUUAUCCCCUACUGUCUCCAAUUAUUGCAUAGGUUCCGCACAAUGGUUCCGUUUCAAACCAUUGGGCAAGGAUUAUUAAUGUAGUAAUCAAGCUUUACGAUAUGUUUAGAGGGUGGUAUAUAAAUGGGAAGGUCGCCAAGGCUAAGGUCAUUUCUAGCGAAUAACAGUGGACGCGAUAAACAGCUAACGCGAAGUUCGGCAAUUUCAGAUAUUGAGCUAAAUAUGGAUUUCAAAGUCUUCAUCUUCACAUUGGCGGUGUGUAUUGCUGUUACUAUGGCAACCUUUCCCCUCAACGACGAUGAAUGGAAUGCGGAUGACCUGUUUGAUGAUUUUGAGGAGGAAAAAAGAGGCGAACCACCCAUUGCUGGACCGGAAGUACCUUUCUUAGAUGACGUGGUGAAGAGGGCGAAACCAUUUUUAUGUGUGAAUCCAGAAAACCAAUACUGCUGGUGUGACUACAGAUUUAAAGACGAAAGGCGUUAUUCGGCUUGCGGGCUACGGGCGGUAUUGAAAAAUACGGACGACGAUUGAGGAACAUUUCAAAACUUGGGUCCUGACAGAAAUCAUCUUAAAAGAACUAGUUUCGAGUAUUGCUGCAAAGACUGAAGUCAUGUUCUUGAAAAUUCAUCGAUAUUCACGAGUGAAUUCAUGUAAAAUUUCGGUAUUCACUAUUCAAAUGUAACAUUCUUGUUAUUUAUAUGGUCAUUUGUGUGAACUUUUGAUGUAUAAAACAACAAUCUAUGGUGUUAAUGUCAAUUUCGUUGUAGCAAUUUCAUUCAACUGGAAAAGAGUGAUAGGUCUGGUCUGAAACGGUGAUGAUGAUUCUGAUUAAGAAAAACAAAAGUUUAGUCACCAGUAAUUUUUGAUGAAGACAUGUAAAAAAAAGGACUUGUGGUGGUAGAACAUUCUUCACCCGUCUCUGGAACUCUCAUCCCCACACAAUAUUCAAAUCUCACUGUCAUUCUAAGGAAACUUGCAAACCUUAAUGUUACAUUUGAUAUUCUCUACCUAUGAAUUGCACUAUACCUUUUAUUCAUAUAUAUAUUUUUUGAACGAGCUCUAGUCUAAUGUUUUUAUUUCAAUUGUUAGCGGCCUUGGGCAUUCCUUCCUUGGAUGGGCUAUGUACUCAUUAUGAAUAUAUUUAUUAUCAGUAAUUAUCAUUUCUAAUGUUAUAACCAUUAUGUUAAAAUCUGAAUAGCGAUGUUAAAUGACAUAAGUUUUAAGCAAUAUUGUUCUACUGGUCACGUGACACUGUCACUGUGAUAUUCAGAUUGUCAUACCGAAAGAAAAAAUCUAUAAUGGUCUGAAAUGUCUUCAUCAUCCUAUAAAAGACAGCAAGAAUAUAUCCGAUUAAAUGAGAACUAUCGGAAAUAAGUACUUAAUCCCUCUUUAGCGAAGAUGUAACGUGUGGAUUUAUCAUUGCGAUAUGUCCAAUAUCUUCAUUCUUAUUUACUAGUAGUUUGUAUAAGUUUCCAAAAGAAAAGUUAUAAAGCCCUAAAUAUGGUAUGGAGGAAAGAUAAAAAUGUAUCAUGCAUUUAUUCCCUAAUCGGUAUGUAAGUAUUAAUUUAAGGUAGCAUGUUCUCGUGAAAUAUUAAAAAAAUAUAUACUUGAUGAAAGAAACAAAUGAUUUAACUUCCCCCAACACCCUCUUUUCAUUAAAAAAAACAUAUCUUUUCCAAAAUGGCGAUUAUGCGCAAGCCAAUAAACCUAUUUCAAACCCAAAUUUUGGAACGAUAACGAUCACACCUUUGAAUGUAAUGGUCUCAACACGACAAAAACAGCGCUUUUUAUUUACUUCAUCUGGCGCAGCAUAGUGGCUGCCGGACCCACGAUAAUAUGUUUGGGAGAGUAAUCGUAUUAGCCACAUUAUCAUUUUUUUUCUUUAUAAUUGGAAUGAGAACAGCGUAUCCAAAAUCUGAAUGGUGUAUCAAAAUUUGUAUUCAAAUAUAGUCACGUAAUACACUUUAAUCAAAGUAUGCAUAUGGUGUAUCAAAUUUAACAUUUCAAUUAUCGAAUGAAUUAUGCAAUUUAAACCCGUAUUUUGAUCUACAUGAAUGCCUGUGAAAUAUCACAGUGUAUUGCACGAUAUGCAUAAUAAGACGAAUUAAAUUUGAGUGCAUUAAUAAAAAUACAAGGAAUUCAAUUUAA